CGAGCGAGCUUCAAGAACACAUUUCCUGCACGCAUGAUCUGCAACUUCCACCACUCGGCUCACACAACAAUGCGGGUGGAUGUCAAGGAAAACAUAACUUUGGUAUUAGGUCAACAUACACGCAUUAAUGGUCUGCAGUGAAUUCUGAAACGCGAUAGUGCAUUCAUCCUGUCUUCUGUAUUAACAAAUUUACUUCAGUGACCAGCUAGACACACUAAAUCGCUAAAAUCAGUUAAUCGUCCGUCACAAGCAUUACACGAGUUUACCUCAUUCCGCAAACCCCGGACCUGCACUACCCUUCAUUGCUUUUUUUUAUUUAUUACAUUUUUAAAUAAGAUAUAUAUAACAUAAAAAACACUAAUAAAGCAAUAUAAUAUAUUAUUUUUAAAUUACAUUUUCUUUUAAAAAACAAUCCAGGAUAAAAAUGAGAAAAGAUAGAGAUCGGGAACGUGAUGAACGAUCCAGGGACAGGGACAGAGACAGAGAUCGCGAUAGAGAAAAGGACAUGAAACCACCUGGUAUCUCUCUCAAUCCUGUUGUGCCCUGUGGUUUGCCAGCUUUAAAACAAGCAGCAAUUCAUCAGCAGAUUAAUCCAUUUACCAAUUUGCCGCACACUCCAAGAUUCUAUGAGAUCCUGAAGAAGAGGCUUCAACUUCCUGUAUGGGAAUACAAGGAAAGAUUUAACGAUAUUCUCACAAAACAUCAAAGCUUUGUAUUGGUCGGUGAGACUGGUUCUGGCAAAACAACACAGAUUCCUCAGUGGUGUGUUGAUAUGGUGCGCUCACUUCCUGGACCCAAGCGUGGUGUGGCCUGUACACAGCCCAGAAGAGUGGCUGCCAUGAGUGUAGCCCAAAGAGUGGCAGAUGAAAUGGAUGUCAUGUUGGGACAAGAAGUUGGAUAUUCCAUUCGAUUUGAAGACUGCAGCAGUGCAAAGACUAUCUUGAAGUAUAUGACUGAUGGUAUGUUACUUAGAGAGGCGAUGAAUGAUCCACUUCUGGAACGUUAUGGUGUUAUCAUCCUUGACGAAGCCCACGAGCGAACACUAGCCACAGACAUUUUAAUGGGAGUCUUGAAAGAAGUGGUUAGACAAAGAUCGGAUUUAAAGGUUAUUGUCAUGAGCGCCACGUUGGAUGCUGGGAAAUUCCAGGUCUACUUUGAUAAUUGUCCGCUGUUAACAAUUCCUGGUCGCACACACCCUGUGGAGAUAUUUUAUACCCCAGAACCAGAAAGAGACUACUUGGAAGCAGCUAUCCGAACAGUAAUACAAAUCCACAUGUGUGAAGAGGAGGAAGGAGACGUGUUGCUGUUCCUUACAGGUCAAGAGGAAAUUGAUGAAGCCUGUAAACGGAUAAAAAGAGAAAUAGACGACUUGGGACCUGAAGUUGGAGACAUUAAAAUCAUUCCUCUGUAUUCCACCCUACCACCUCAGCAGCAGCAAAGGAUCUUUGAACCUCCCCCUCCAAAAAAAGGAAGUGGAGCAAUAGGCAGAAAGGUUGUUGUUUCAACAAAUAUUGCUGAAACAUCCCUGACUAUUGAUGGUGUAGUGUUUGUAAUUGACCCUGGAUUUGCUAAACAAAAGGUGUACAAUCCUCGAAUCAGAGUGGAGUCCUUGCUGGUGACUGCUAUAAGCAAGGCUUCUGCUCAGCAGAGAGCAGGUCGUGCUGGCAGAACCCGGCCGGGGAAAUGUUUCCGGCUGUAUACAGAAAAGGCCUACAAAACUGAAAUGCAGGACAACACAUACCCUGAGAUUUUGAGGUCCAAUUUGGGCUCUGUUGUGUUGCAACUAAAGAAACUUGGUAUAGAUGACUUGGUGCAUUUUGAUUUCAUGGACCCGCCAGCUCCUGAAACUCUGAUGAGAGCCCUGGAACUAUUGAAUUAUCUUGCUGCCCUGAAUGAUGAUGGUGAUCUGACUGAGUUGGGAUCCAUGAUGGCAGAGUUUCCAUUGGAUCCACAGCUAGCCAAGAUGGUUAUCGCCAGCUGUGAAUUUAAUUGUUCCAAUGAGAUCCUCUCAAUUACAGCAAUGUUGUCAGUCCCACAGUGUUUUGUUCGUCCGACGGAGGCAAAGAAAGCUGCUGAUGAGUCCAAGAUGAGGUUUGCACACAUAGAUGGAGAUCACUUGACGCUACUAAAUGUCUACCACGCUUUCAAACAGAACCAUGAGUCAGUUCAAUGGUGCUAUGAUAAUUUCGUUAACUACAGAUCACUGAUGUCUGCUGACAAUGUACGUCAGCAGCUCUCCAGAAUAAUGGACAGAUUCAAUCUGCCUCGUAGAAGCACAGAGUUCACCAGUCGAGAUUACUAUAUCAACAUACGAAGGGCCUUGGUCACUGGCUUCUUCAUGCAGAUUGCGCAUUUGGAAAGGACAGGGCAUUACCUGACUGUGAAAGAUAACCAGGUGGUACAGUUGCAUCCCUCCACUGUUCUUGACCACAAACCUGAAUGGGUCCUCUAUAACGAAUUUGUACUCACAACGAAGAACUACAUUCGAACAUGCACAGAUGUAAAACCAGAGUGGUUGGUAAAAAUUGCCCCCCAGUACUAUGAAAUGAGCAACUUCCCUCAGUGCGAAGCAAAAAGACAGCUGGAGCGCAUCGUUGCCAAACUUCAAACCAAGGAAUAUUCACAGUACUGAAACUAUUUAACUGAAGCCUGCUUAGAGUACAGCUACAAUGUAUUCAGACUAACUUGUACACCAUAAAUAUGUUCAUCAACAGCCUUGUUUAGAACAUUUUAAUGUUUUCUUUACAGUUUAGAUUUGAUUAUUUUUAUAACUUGUUUUCCCCACUGUGUGUUCACAACCGCACGUUAUGAAGAUAAUUGGUCAAUGUAAGCAUAUAUGAAAUUGGUUGUAUAUUAAAAGUUCCACUAUGAAAGGUUGGAUGUUUUUUUUUUUUUUUUUUCCUUACCCCCAACAAGAGUACAAAUAUUGAAUAUGUUGUGCAUGAUCAUUCAUGUUGAUGUUGACAUUCCUGUUUAGAAAUUGUGAACUCUUUCAGAAAAUGUGCUUAUGUAGACAGUCUUAAUUUUCUCCAUAGAGGCUUUGACUUAAAUAAAGUCUGUUAAUAUCAGCUUUGAAAGUGUCCAAUAUGCUGUGUACCAGUAGAGAUGGUCAUCUCCUGAAAUUUAAAGUUCAAGUGACAAAAUAUUCUGUGGCUGCCUUUGGGGUUUACAGCAUCAGCCUGCUGUCUGCACAGAGAUGCAAACACCAAGUACAAGCAGUUCAUGUUUAAUACAUAUAUAUAUAUAUAUAUAUAUAUAUAUAUAUAUAUAUAUAUAUAUAUAUAUAUAUAUAUAUAUAUAUAUAUAUAUAUAUAUAUAUAUAUAUAUAUAUAUAUAUAUAAUAAUCAGUAUUGGUCUUAUGUAUACUCUGUCCUGAUUGGUCAAAACAGGUCACAUGGGGGUGUUAAAGCAUAUCACCAUAGGGUGGCACUUUUCAAAAAGGGGCAAAUCACUUGUAGAUACCCAUACGCCACUAACCUUUUUUUUUAAAAAAAAAAAAAUAA